UGUACCCAUUGUGGGUGUAACAGGUGAUCACAAUCAAGCAUAUCUGCGAGUAUAGCUGCGUUGGUGGAGUUUACAGAAAAAAUAAAGCCUUAUUUUUGUAUAUCCACGUUUCUACCGGUAACUGUGACAGCCCUACAGCUAUUUAACUUGUUUACAGAUCGAUUUGCGCCCACAUCUUCGAGGAUAAAAUGGAGAAGCACUCAACCGGUGGAGGAGACAAGACCGAGCCGGCUUCGCCUUUGAGGAAAACUAGUCAUCAAGACACCUGCGCAGCUAACUCCCACAGCUCCCGGGAGGACACCUGUGCUACUACUGAUGUCGCCAGGGCCAGGUGGACUCUGCUGAGACAGGUGUUGCGUCAGAAGCAGAUGGAUGCUCCAGAGGUCAAACAGGUGUCUGUUCGCAGGUUCGCAACGUUUGACCUUUUCAGCAGGAAAAGGCAUCUGACACAAGACCCCAGUGAUACCUCUGAUGACCAGUGGGUGGAGUACAGAAGUGUCUACUUUCCUGAGUACAGUGCCUUUCUCAGGGAUGACCUGGGGCCUAUCAGAGUUAAUGAAGUGCUCAACAGUUUCGACAACACCGGUAAUGUCUGUGUGUGGCCGUCUGAAGAGGUGAUGGCUCAUUACUGCCUGCAGAAACGCCACAUGUUCAAGGGUGCAGUGUGUGAGUUAGGAGGAGGUAUGACUUGUCUUGCUGGGCUCAUGGUUGCCAUUUGUGCUGACGUGAAGGAAGUUCUGCUAUCAGAUGGGAACGAGAAGUCCAUUCAGAAUGUACGAAAGCUGGCCGAGAGAAACAGGCAAGCUGGAAAGUUUGGGUCGACGCAGGUAUCUGCCAGGGUGGUGAGGUGGGACUGCGAGUCAGACAUUUCGGUGCUCGAGGGUCACUUUGACAUUGUCAUGUGUGCAGACUGUUUGUUCCUCGACCAGUACAGAGCCAGCCUGGUUGAUGCUAUAAGGAGAUUACUGCAACCCAACGGCACGGCGUUGGUGUUUGCUCCACAGCGAGGUGAAACUCUGAGACUGUUUUGUCAACUGGCCCAGCAGGCCGGACUCUGCGCCGCUCAACACCAGCAGUACGAUGCUCAGGUCUGGGAUGUUCACUUAAAGAUGCUGACAGAAGGAAAAGACGCAUAUGAUGAGAACAUCCACUACCCUCUCCUCAUCACCUUGACCAAAGGACCUCAACCUGUCAGCCACAUUCAGUAAACCAAAACAAAUGAGCCCUCUGCUCCACACAGUACCACUCCACAUGCUUCUGGAUAUGUGAGACGGAACGAUGCUACAGAGUCAUGUCAACAAUGUGAACCACAAGCGAUCACAAGUGAGGAGGAAGAAUUGCACUGAAAGAGCAGUAUUAGAAAACAGUAGGGUGCAUUUGUCUCAGUGUCAAGUGCUUAGUCGCAGAAAGCAAAUCAAGCUGUGGUCAUAUCUGAGAUAUUUUUCAUACUAAUACUGGCCACUGAGAGGAUUUAUUAUCAGAUGAUGCAUGGCUUUGGAUAAUAUUUGAGCGUGCAUGUUUUGUAGUGGAGUGUUGAAGAACGUCUCAUUUCCAAAGCAGUGGGGAUACUUUCACUGUGGCUGAGGAGGAAGAAAAGGAGAGGCGGAUCUACUCCACCCUAGUAUGUUUCAACCAUCUGCCAUAUGCCAAAUAACUAAUGUCAGUCUCCACAAUAUCACCCGGCCCUUUAAUCAGUUGGCCUGUCACUCUGUUGACCAAUCACUGCUCGGAUCAGCUAAUCACUCAUCCCUUAAGUUAAUCAGCCAUCCAGGAAAGUGAGCCACGUUGCCAAACAGUCAUCUGACCAGCCAGACAAGUAACCAGUCCAUUCAGUUACCUAAUGUGGUGGUUAAUCAGCCAGUAAUCCAUUCAUCAUUCCAGCCAACAAUUCAGCCACAUGUGUAGUCUGUUAACAGGUCAGUCAUUAACGUGGACAUUUCCUCCGUCAGUCCUACUGUAGCUGUCAGCUAUUCAGUCAGUUGGCCCUCUUUAACCAGUCAGUAUUAACCUAUGCCACUGUGUUUCUGGCCCCAGCAUGGAGGCCAGCUCUAAUUCAUUAACCAUCGCAGACUGUGGAGCAGCUCACAGUUUCCUGUAUUUCUCUUUGUUCCCUUCUUCCCCCGCUUUAAUUUCUUCUAAUAUAACUCAUUCAUCCCAGUCAGAGGUCAGUAUUAAGAAUAUUUUGUGCAUUACUUACAACAGUACAUUAACAUAUUAAGGCGCAUUCAGACGAAGGAGCAACUGUUGCUGCCCAGGAGCUACAGCUUGCAUACUCAUUUGGGCUGAGCAACGUAUCAGUAUCAUGAUUCAUGUCAUCUUAGAUUCUGAAUAUCAUAAGUGUUGUCUUUCUGGCUUUAAAGGCUGCAUUGCAGUAAAGUGAUGUAAUUUUCUGAAUUUACCAGACUGUUCUAGCUGUUGUAUUAUUUGCCUUUAUCCACUCAGCCAGUAUAUCCACAUUAUUGAGGAUUAGUUAUCAAAAAUCUCAGCGUGUAAAUAUAUUGCGAAAGCACCACGAGUCAACACGACAAUAUCGUCACAAUCUCCAUAGAUGUAUUUUGUAAAACAUGUUGAAAUAUUUGAUUUUCUCCAUAUCGCCCAGCACUAGUACACAGCAACAUCACAUCCUGCUUUACUGCUAAUUUGUUAAAGUUUUAAACUGCCACAGAUCAAAGUCCAUGCCGUCAUGACCCCUCCAGGUUGCACUGACAGCAGUUGAUAACAAACAUAUUUGGUAACGGAAAUGGGACUCACCAGCUGAAGCCUGACUCGUUCACAAACAUUCAGCAGGUCCUGCGGCAGCUGCUCAGCGCUCCUCGUCUGAACCCACCUUCAGGAAGUGAGUCUAAAGAGAGACAGAGAGAGAGAACACAUGCACAUCAGUGUGAUGACUCCUACUAAUGGCAUUUAUUGACACGUGACCCCAAUACUGUGCAAUAGAUUUGUUGUUGUUUUUUAAAUGUGUGAUACACUGUGUGGAACAGGAUUUAUUUGCAUAUUUUCUUUCCUUGUUUUUUUAUAAUGCAGCCCUCUUGAAAAUCUCUUACCCCCCAUGUCCACUGGGUGCAGACAAUCUACUUCCGAAGUUCAUGAUUGGCAGGUCUAUGAUGAGCUACAUUCACUUUUGAAUGUAUGUAAUGCCUAUUAAUUUAAAACUGCAUUCACUUCUUUACAAAUAUACAGCAAAACUAUAUCACCUGUUUAUGUAAUUUCUCUGAUAAAAAGGGAAGGAAUGUCACAGUUUUCCUCUGCUAAUUUAAACUACAAAACAAAGUAUCUGUGAUCAUAAACGAGCUGCAGACAUGUUUCCAGUAUGCAUGAAAAACACAAAAAGUGUCUGCAAACAAAACACACUUGAAUAGAAACCAGAUGCAGUCACAUCCAGUGGACAUACGGGGUUAAAAUAGGAUUAAAUAUUGAUAAACUAUGUGCAACCAUAGUUCUUCAAUCUCACCAAGAGCAGAAACCUUCACACAUUUCAGACCAAUUGCUCCUUCAUGUUCUGUUGGCAUUCUUUUCUAUCAGCACAACUAACUGUUUUACUCAGGUCUUUUUCCAUGCAUUUAUCGGUUUCUUGUUUCUUGUAGUAUUAAAAAAAAAAAACGCCAAGUGUCAGAGGAUCACCUGAGCCUAAAGUUGUACCUAUCACUAGUAAAGUGUUUCCAUAUUUCACUGUGAUCCAUUGCUGUAUGCAACAGCCAAGAAGCUAUGCAGUAUCUCUCAGUGGCUGCUGUUUACAUUCCUCAUGUUGAAAAAAACAUAAUCCACCUUCAGAAAUGAGCGGUAUUCCCUGUGUGUAACUACUCAGAAAAGUAAAUUAAGCCAGUUUUAUCAGUGGUCUCAAUGCUUUGAGGGCUUAAAUUGCAUUGCAAAAAACGGUCCCAUUGCAAAGGUUUAGAAGUGUGUUUAAUUACAUUUUUAUCUGUAAUGCAGUUUGCUGUAUACCUUUGAUAUUUGUGGGCUAGCGCAUAAAUACCAUCCCUACUGUGACUGUGUGUAGUGACUUCAUCACUGUCUGCUGUGACAUCACCACCACUGACUGUGGUGUUUUGUAACACUUUGGCAUCAGGUGCCACGGUUUACUGUUGCUGCUUCUUGCAACAUCACUGCCUCUGUCUCCACCUGGUACACAAACAAUCUGCUGUGAUCAGUGCUCGUAUAGGUCCAGUACUCGCUGGCAUGCAGUACCAGAACUUCCACGUUUACUCUUGGGUGUGACAUGACUUUUUCUUUCAUGCCGGCACAUCUCACAAGCUGCUGGUAGUCUUUUUCUGCCCUCUCCAUAUCAGGUUCUCUGGGAGAUUCAGAAUGGCCUUAAAUGAACUGCAUUACCCAGAGGGCACUGGAGGCACUACGGGAUGCUCACCUGUCAGCUAGUCUAAGUACCGUUACAUGACAAUAACGUUGCCCUGGCUGCAAAAGUGUAGCACAAAAACAACACAAACAGAAGAAGACAGCAGGCCGAGAGCAGCAAGCUAACAUUAGCAGCGAAGAGCCCAUUGGUGUAUUGGUAAACGUUAUCAUCAGUAAAACCACCUGUGUCUGUUGUCACCAUUAGUGAUGAGACGACCAGACCACCUAGAAAAUUAAGUAAAGAUUCAUGUCAUUCACCUGCCACGAGCAAACCAACCCAUGAAACACCGAUCCCUCACACGCCAACAUGUGAAUAAGUACUGGCACUUUUUUUUCCCAUUUCGAGCACUGGCGGUGAUGUCACAUUUCACACAGUGAUGCCGUCACUUCUUGUUGUGAUAUUAGUGUUGUGUGCUAGGACACUUCUCACUGUGACAUCACCAGACAUUUAACGAAUCCCUGGUGGUCAGUGUCACACACUGGCUCAGGGAAUGUGAGAAAGCGGGAGUUCACGCAAGAGGUUUACGCAAAGGAAUACUUCACCCCAUGAUGACCAUUUGUGUAUCAGUUACUCACCCCGUGUUACAUUUGAUUUGUUUAGGAAAACAUGCAUUUUCACUAAAACUGUUAAUGUAUGUGUGAGACCGUUUAUACAGAAGUGAUUUAAAUAUUGCAGUUUGAGUGAAAAUGCAUGUGUUUAGUUAGUACUGAGCGAGUUUUGCUGUGUUAAACAUGGUCCCCUAUGACUUCACUUUAUCGAGAAUUUCCCCCACUUUGGAUUCUUUACAUGCAUUGAUGAACAAAUGAUAAUGUGUGGGGUGAAGUGUUCUAUUAAAACAAGCAAUUUAUUAAACUAUGGUGAACAAGACAAUAAGGAUGGAGUGAGUAGAUCAACAACGAAAGCAGCGAAUGUGUUUCCAUGUGCCUGUCUGUGGCGGUGUUGAAGAUGCAAAACCAAAAGAAGAUUGCUCAGAGUGGAUGUUAGAUGUAGGAAGGGAGAGACAGAGUGAGCACAGGGGCCAGCAUUUAUAGCUAAAGGGCCCAGGUGAGCCUGAUCAGCUGACAACCCGCCCAUAUUAGCAGACUGCCUGCUAAGUUUGGCCGGGACAGUGUUAUUCAGAGAAGGUCAUGUGCUGUAGCUGAGCAAACAUCAUACAGGAGUGCUUUAUUCCGAUAGAUUUAUGUCACUGUGUUGUGGGAUAUCUCAGCUAGGCUAUUAUUUUAUUAUCAAACAGAAUUGUUGGUCAUUUUACAGGCCAUGUCCACACUAAUCUAGAACGACACUGAUCCUUUUUCAACCACCAAAACCAGAACUACAAGAAACUUCUCCAAUUUGCAUAAAGUCGACGCUUCUUCUGUAGCAUUUUACUUUGUAGGGACAACAGAUACUUUCAAAAAUACGACGUACAAUUAUCAUGUGGUUUAUAUUGUUUUGGGACUUGACACAAGAACAAAACUGUAGUUACUUAAAUUACAUAUUUUAAUAAAAUCCAUUUUAGUGUGGACAUGGCCGCAUAUAUUGACAUUCUUCGUUCAUAUCAAAUUCCCUCUGCUUCAAAGUAAUCAAUGGGUAAUGAAUGUUGUACUUGACAGUCUAAGGGUGGGUGAUUUAUUUGUGAAUGAAAAAAAUAAAGAAAUUUUC